AUGGAUAUGCCUCAAAAAAGCAUAGCGGUUGGCAAAGAUGGACAAUCUACUUCCACUUCCAAGAAACCCAAAUAUUCAAAAUUCUCACAGCAAGAACUUCCUGCAUGGAAACCAAUUUUAACACCGGGAUGGGUCAUUGCCACAUUUACUGCCAUCGGAAUCAUCUUCAUUCCUGUUGGACUUGCUUCAUUGUUUUCAUCAGAGAGUGUGGAAGAAGCUAUAUUCCGAUAUGACGAUAAAUGCCUUCCUCCCUCACAAGCUGAAAGUGCAUUGGCAUAUAUUCAAAACGUUCAAUCGAACAAGACCUGCACCCAAAAAUGGAUUGUUGAGCAUAAAAUGCAAGCUCCUAUUUAUAUCUAUUAUCAGCUUGAUAAUUACUAUCAGAACCAUCGCAGAUAUGUUAAGAGUAGAAGCGACAAGCAACUGUGGAGUAAGGAAGCUGAGGGGGAGACAGGGAAUUGUUUUCCCGAAGACAAAACAGAAAAUAGUCAACCAAUUGUUCCUUGUGGCCUAAUUGCAUGGAGUCUGUUCAAUGACACAUACAGAUUUUCAAUGAAGAACAAGGAUUUGACUGUCAACAAAAAGAACAUAGCAUGGGGGAGUGACCAAGGGUCCAAAUUUGGGUCUAAUGUUUAUCCAAAAAAUUUUCAGAGUAGAGGUUUGAUUGGUGGUGCAAAACUCAAUGAGAGUAUACCUUUGAGUGAACAAGAGGAUCUCAUUGUGUGGAUGCGAACGGCAGCAUUACCAACUUUCAGAAAACUAUAUGGGAAGAUUGAGGCUGACCUUGAAGUUAAUGAUGAGAUAGAAAUAGUAAUAGAGAACAAUUACAACACAUACGAGUUUGGAGGCUAUAAGAGGCUGGUUCUCUCAACCACAACUUGGAUUGGUGGCAAAAAUCCCUUCUUGGGGAUGGCAUACCUUUUCGUUGGUGGCUUAUCCUUGUUCUGCGCUAUAGGAUUCAUACUUCUCUAUGUCAUCAAGCCAAGACCUCUUGGGGAUCCGUCCUACUUGUCAUGGAACAAAAAUCCAGUGAAUAUAAAAUGA